ACACACACUUGUAGACUGUGAAAAGAUUCUCGAGUCAUGAGCCAACCGCAUCAGCAGCAUGAGCAAUUGCAACGACGUCGUCGACGAUGCCGCCAACCGGCCGAGCCUUGCGAAUGUUUACGUCCUGUGAUAAGGGUUUUUGGUCUGCUGACUUCAUUCGUUAUCUGUGGAGUGGGCGUCGAUGUCUACAUGCAUGGCUAUCAGGCGGGACUUUAUAUACUUUUUUCAGCUUUGCUGGUGCUGUUCAUUGAGAUUAAAUGGCUGAUAACCAUUUUUCUGCAGCUCCAAUGCGGCGACAAUAAUUACCAUAGUAGCUCCUGCUGUCUCGACUGCUGGCGUUACUCCAUGCUCUUGGGCAGUUGGCGACCAGCGCCCAUAUAUGUCGCCGUGGGCGUGGCACUCAUAAUAUUUCCCCACAAUCUGUGGCUCAGCUAUGUCGCUGGAAUGUUGCUGCUUCUGCUUGCGUUGCUGCGUCUUUGCACCCUCCUUCGGUUCAACGGGGGCGGAGCCAAUCACUUUAAGGACGAGGGUCUGCUGCCACAAUGCGAUUUUGAAAAGGUUUCCAGUUUCGUGGACAGCGUGGAGGAUGAUUUCGCAGAAGUCUGUGUGUCGCAGCCCGAAGAUGAGGAGGCCGCCAUGGACGAUGACAUUUGCUAGUAGUUAAAAGCAUAUAUUAUUUAUAAGACUUUACUUUCAAGAAAUGUGCACGAUUGCAAUUAUAUAAAUUAAAUUUU